AUGACAAUUUCAUACACGGGUAACUUCUGUCGUCUUUUAAUUCGAUGGAAAGGAAGUUUAUGGAGAUUAGUUUGGAGAGAGCUGUUCAUCUUCCUCAUCCUUUAUUACAUUAUUCGACUCUUCUACAAUCAAAUAUUACCAAUGAUAGAUAAAGAAAAUCCUGAGAAAUACAGGGUUGAAUUUGAACGAAUUGCAAUGAUGAUGGAUCAGUACACGAAGCAAAUACCUCUUACAUUCUUAUUAGGAUUCUAUGUAUCCAAUGUAGUCGUCAGAUGGUGGCGACAGUUUGAAUGUAUACCUUGGCCAGAAGACUUAUUGUCGCUAUUAUGUACGGUAAUACCGGGUAAUGAUGUUAAGAGCCAACAACGGAGACAUACUAUCGCUCGAUAUGUCAACCUGAUGGCGGCACUUGUCUAUCGUGAAAUAUCUAGCACGAUUCGACGUCGUUUCCCGUCGUUGUCACAUUUGGUGGAGAGUGGACUACUCACCGAUACGGAAUUGAAAUUGUUGAAGGAAAUCUCGAAAGAAAUUAAAAAUGUACAAUGGAUGAUACCACUUCAUUGGGUGCAGCAAAUUGUCAUGGAUGAAUUCAAUGAUAACGCACCUCCUCAGGCUCUCUUGAAUCAUUUCAUGCAAGAAUUAAAGGCCUAUCGAACGGCCUUCCGCAAACUAUUCUCCUAUGACUGGGUGAACGUACCAUUAGUUUAUACUCAGGUAGCAGCGCUAGCCACUUAUGCAUAUUUUGGCUUUUGCCUCAUAGGCAGACAGUAUCUGGAUCCGUCGAAGAAAUACCGAGAUCAUGAGAUGGAUCUCGUUAUUCCCAUAUUUACAAUCGUUCAGUUCCUCUUUUUCGUCGGUUGGUUCAAAGUGGGACAAGACCUGAUGCACCCCUUUGGUAUGGAUGAUGACGAUUUCGAGCUCGACUACAUCUUCGAGCGUAACGUUGGCAUAUCUUUCGCCAUCGUUGAUCGACUUCAGAUGAACGAUUACGAGCCAUUGCAAAAAGACAAAUUCUGGAUGUCGGAUGAUUCCAUAGCUAUAUCAUUGCCGCGAACGGGUCUAGCUAAUCAAAACAAGCAUCGAAAGCCUAUGAGACAUAUCCCUUCUUAUAAACCGAAUAGGAAUUAUGAUGCAGAGGAAGGAAAAACGCGAUGCAAUGCAUGGAAAAAAAAUGGCAUGGAUACGAUGUAUUAUCAUGGUGAAGGUUAAAAAAGACGUGCAUUCUGGCACAGUCGACUGCUAUCCCGACAUUACUAGCAAAGUGACAACACUCUUUCCUUCAACACGAUAUGCAGUUGGCUAGAAAAAAGGUAUUGAUUUUUCUGGCUGGGAUGAAUGUCAAAUUUCCCAAAAUGUUUCUCGUUUCAAAGUCAAUCAGUAAUUGAUCAUAGAAUUCAAAACCCACAACAAACAUGAGAGCAAAUCAUAAAAUUAAAACUGUUCAGUCUACCAGGAUCAUUGAAGAGAUUUGUCGGUUAUCACACUAGUACUGUGAUUAAAGUUAAGUUUUCACACGCUGAUCUUGUGGUACUUCUUACUAUUCCUGUGCUUUUUUUAUUAAAAUGUUCAAAAAGAGGAAGAUGAGAAAACCCGCAAAACAAGCAUCACAUAUACAAAUAAAUAUACAUUUUGAAUAUUUUCAACUUUAAAAAUAACUAGAUGGAGUGGCAUCUUCCUUGAAAAAAGCCUCCGAUCCAAAGAAA